CGCCACUAGCCCACGGAUUGCAGCGGGAAGGGAGCCCCGGGCGAGGAGGAGGAGCCGGUAGAGCCGGGCCCGAAGCAUGGGAGUGCGGAUGGAGGGCGGCGGCGGCGGCGACAGGAGGAGGAGCCCAGUUCUAGGGGUCUUGGUGUGCCAGAGUGGUAAAACAAGGUAGACUGAUCAAUGAGCAAGCAGGAACUGAACUCGAUUGAGGAAGGCAGCCUGCUUCGAUUGAUUGAAUACCAAUCCAUUCCUAGGUAUGGACCAGCAAGCCCAUUCAAAGGACAUUUAAGUACAAAAAGUAAUGCUUUCUGCAUUGACUCCUCCUCCCGCAGACUAAGUAAUCAGUACCUGAUCAGGGAUCACAUGGCUGUCCAUUACAAUAAAAUCCUUCAAGCCAAAGCGGCUGUAGACUGCUCAGUGCCAAAAAGCAGGUUAAACAGCAUAAAAUUUUCAGAUCAGCAACGAAGAGAGAAACUCAAGAAGGAAGUAGAAAGAUGUGAGAAGGAGAUGAAUUCAUCUAAAAAUGUGUCCCGAUCCAGUUCAAGGGAAAGUAGAAGACCGCUGUCAGCCACAUACAAAAAGGAUUCAUUGGAAAUGGACGACCACGUGCGGCUGUCUUCAGGUGCACCAAAUGAGAAAAAGUAUGUGUCAGAUUCUUUGUCAACUACAGAGAAGCCAAGCAUGGACCUUCCUAGUCCUGAAAAAUCUGCCAGGAAAGCUACUCAGAAGACAUCCAACAUCUCAAUCUCAAGUGUCAGUACGUCAAGCCUGCUCCGAUUGCAUUCCAAAAUUUCCUGCUGCUCUGCUUCUGAUGGCAUCAUGAGCAAACAUUCCCCCAAGGCCCAGAACACUGAAUCCAAAAUAAGUAGCGGGGAUCUCCUUGACAAGCACUCUGAGCAUUUUACCAACACCCAGCAACCGUUCACUCCACGCACUUUGAAAUCAGAUGCUAAAUCUUUCCUGUCACAGUACAGAUAUUAUAUGCCAGCAAAGCGGAAAAUAAAGGAUAUUCCCAAACAGCUUGUGGAAGCAGAAACACAGACUGAUAUAAGCAGUUUUCAAGUUGACUUUGAAGGAUCAGAAAAAGGGGAUGUGACUGACUUUCAGAAGAUCCUAAUGGAGGUGGAAGAUACAAUGACUGCUGAUGCAGAUAAGUCUGAUGAAAUGAAGGCUAUUUCUCAGGUCUCCUCACCAAGGGUGACUUCUCCUUGUUCUCUGCCGUCCCCAACAAUGAGAAGAAUCCAGGCAGAAGAAGAAGAACUUAAGUAUUUGAAUUUCAUCCAGGACAUAACAGAUGAGAUUCUGAAACUCGGAUUGUUUUCCAACAGGGCUUUGGAACGCUUGUUUGAGCGCCACAUUGAACAAAAUAGGAACCAUCUGGAUGAGACCAAAAUGCGCCACCUGCUGGAGAUUUUGAAAGUGGACCUGGGCUGCAACAAGGAAGAGAAGUCUGUGGGAGGCUCUGCCACAUUUAGUCUGCGACAGAGUGAACCAGCCGAGCCCUUCCUGUUUCCUAGCAAAGCACACAGACAAAGCAAGCUGGUAAAAAGCGAGGAGUUUUUAAAGGCAAUGGAUUUAAUAGCAAAUGAGUGGCCGAAGCCCAAAUCCUCUGCAUGCAGUGAUAAAUCCCAAAAGGUGGAAGGCAAAGAUGAAUUUCCCGAAGAUCUAAGUGAACCUGUGAAUGUUGGGCCGGACCCUUCCUCCUCCAUGGUGACCGAUGAAACCCCAGACACCUCACACACAUUGCCGCCAGUACUCAAUUCAAAUGAAGCCGACUUUGAGAUGAGCGAGUCUCUGGGAGAACUUGAUGAGCUCAAAGCCAGUUUUGCAGAGUCUCUUCACAUCUCUGCUGACAACGCACAGUAGUAAACAACCGGAAGCAAAGCACCAAGAGGCAGCGCACUCAGACAACAGUGCAGAGACCUGAACUUGGCUAAUUAAAUAAAAAAACCUAGCAAAUCAUCCUCCCGCCCCCACUUCUGUUUGGAUUCACUUGUAACCUUUUGUAAAAGGGGUCCAAGUAUUAUGAAUCAGGUUUUGGCAAACUGAAUACUAACCCAUGCUCUAGUGGGCAAAAGGCAAUUUUUUGCAAGGCUCAACGCAGGUAAUACUGCUGAUAACACUGGAUGUAGAGGUAUUAUCUAUUUUGAAAGACAGGUGUGAUUAUUUAUAAGUUUUAUUUAUAAUAAAUGGACACCACAUUUGCAACAGUGA